AACCAACCAAAGAAACCAAUAAAUAAAUCCAAUGACUACUCAAACAUAGAAAUUACCCCAGAAAACCAAAAUAAUUCCAAAAGAAGAAAUAGUAGUAACUUGGGUACAACAGGUAGAAGAAACCAAUACCCAACUACAGCUAAUUCAAGAUAUCAAGAAAAUCGAACAGAAACUUGGCGUAAGUACAACGAUCCUCAAGAAAGGAUGACAGAAGUUUCAGAGAAACUUCAAAUGAGUUUUGAUCCCAAACAAAAUUUGGAUGAAGAAAGUGUAUCUCAAAGAACUUCAGAUAAUAAUGAAAAAACCAUGGAUAUUAGAGCAACAUCAGUACCAGGAAAUAGUUACACAAAUUGCUCUUCAACUAGACUCCUACAGGUACCAAACAGAACUACAUAUGAGUCUAGAACAACUACUCCAGAGGGAACAGGAAGUGUACAAUGUAAAAUAUGCUCUGGAACACUUGGACAACAUGAAUAUUGUGACUGUCCAAAUGCAAUAUAUAAUAAAUGCAGAGAGACAGGACAUACACACCGAAACUGCCCACAUGCUCCAUUAUUAAAAAAUGGAAGCUGA